AUGAGCGACGAUGUUGUAAGCGAGGGAGAGACGUCGGAAAGUAGCACCGCCGUUGUAGGAGGAUACGUCGACGGCGUCGAAAUCUCUGGGGAUGUUAACGGUGGCGGAGAGAGGAAUUCCGAGUUGGUAGUCGACGGCAGAGAGGAAAUCGACGGAGGAGAUGCGGCGGAAGAGACCACGAUGGUGGCGAGAACAAGAAGAAGGUGGCUUCAGGUGAUCAUCGGAAAAUCAAAUCGGCGACGAAGUCGUUAUGGAGAGAAUCUUUGGAAUCUUUCGAGUUCGUUAGGGAGUAACUGA